GUCAUAUAAGAAGCUUGGAUUUUUGUCACCUGGAUUAUCAUGUCAGACUUGGUCUGUAUAUACCUUGUUCAAGCAACGGAGACAUCGGAAACUCAAACCCAGCAACGGCAUACUCUUUUCGUGAUUGACUGACUGGGCCAUACAUGUAGGAUCGUGCUGAUUUUCAUACAUUUCAACAUAUCGGUUUGCGACGAAUUUUUUUCUGGAACAAUGAACCUUCUCAAAUGGCCUUGGUCCCGUAUCUCUGGCCUACCGGAAUACCAAAUCAUGAACGAAAAUGGCUCUGAUGCUGGGUCUGAGGAGCACCUACUCGUCGAAAAGAGCUCUCUUCGUCCUCGUCAGGGAUCCAACGGGCUUUUGGGUCAACUCCGUCGACCCUAUCUUUGGGUUCAUCUCAUGAUAUUCACGUUCUAUACCACCCUCUACCUUACAUUUGUCAUCUCACUGCAAGGUGAAGAAAAGAUCUGCGCCGACGAUCAGACCAUGGUAUGGUCACCCGCCCGCGAAGCUCUCAAGCCAGAACGAUCCUUGUGGAUGAAUGAAGUGACAGAUGACAACGUCUAUCGAGGCAAACCAAGACCGGAACUAGACGCAGCUUGGGAUGAGCUCGUCUUGUACAGCAAUCUCAGAGUCAAAGCCGAUGAUCUCAGAAAAAUCAACAGGACCUCCGUUAGACUCUCCGAUGCGUCUGGACAGCUGACCGACUAUUACUGGAGCGGGUUAAAUGUCCACCAUCAGAUCCACUGCUUGAAGCUAGUUCGACAAGCUCUCUAUCCGGAUUACUACUUCAAAGGCAACGUGAAGCUGAAGCGGCAUCUUGAAGAUCACAUUGAUCAUUGCGUUGACAAUAUUCGCAUGACUCUCAUGUGCAAAGCUGACAUCUCGAUCGGUUCGUAUGACUGGGUCGACAACAAUCGAAGGCCUUUGACGAACUUCCGCACUGAGCACAGCUGUUACAAUUGGGAUCUUGUCAACAACUGGGCUAGAGAUCGCCACUUUGAUAUCUACGACAACACCACAAUUAUUCAUCCUUUCCUUGGCAAGUCGUAUCCUCUUGACUCUGAGGGAAACUAUGUAUUCACAGAGGAAAUCGAUCCCUUUUUGGGCAACAAGAUUACGCCUCCGUUGUAAUGAUAACACAGAGGGGAAAAUCCCCGUGCUGCGAGAGUACUAGGAGAUGGUGCAGCGCAACCUUGGAGCCGAAGGUUAAUGGCAUCCACAUGAUGCUGGAUUAGAAUGCAAUUUGAAGAUCCUAGCAACUGUCUCCUGAGGGCGUGACUGCUUUUCUUGAGUGAAUCGUCAUCAGGGCCCAUCAGAUUCUUCAAAAUAAGAAUUAAAUUUCGCGAAACAUGAAAUAGUCUCUAAGUCCUACGAGCGCUCGGCCAGGGACCUUGCCCAGUUCUCCGACGAGGAAGGGGUGGGGACAUUGUAAAUUGAAGCCAGUAUACGCGUAGUCCAUCAAAGUUCUGGUUACAUAGGACAAUGAUGCUUUAGGACAUGCAAGCUUCAUUUGAUUUGUGCGGGUGCACACAUCUUCCCUGAGCCUUGAGGCGUUCAUGGUCGCAGCUUAGCUAAGGCAGUUCUAAACAAAUGAGUGG